GUGGGCGCGCCGCCCUAGCGCCACUGAAGCCCUACAGUUCAGUCCGCCGGGAGGCAAGACGCGCACGCCCGUCGCUGUUAGCCGCUGCCGCUCGCGCUCGUCGCUCGUCGCUCCGCUAGCUUGCGCCCCCUCGGCGCCCCGCGGCGCCCUGCGCCCCGCCGCACCCCCCAAUCCCUGACAGCUAGGCGGAGAGUGACUCGCCGGCAGCGACUCGCAGUCGCUUGCCACAUUGCCUCGCGGAAAACUGCAUACAGAUAACACUUUAUUCAUUCACGCGAAUGACAACGCACGUGCAUUGAUGCACGUGACCGCGAUCGUUACGCUGAACUUAUUUGAAAACGUUCUUGUUAUUUCGGUUUUUCGUCACAGACAUUGGACCGUUGAACGAUUCUAUUCAGUGUGACUUUACUAACAUGUUUUGUGGCACAAAAUUCAUGUUUGACGAAUAAAUUGGGCGGUGCCACGUCUACGUCAUGCUACAGGAGUUGCCGUCCUAUUCGGACGAACUUUGAGCCAUGGCGUGGCUAGUCAAACCUCGGUGCACUUCGCUGAACGGCUGUUUCCAGGGUAUAGGAGAACUUCAACAUGCCACCUAAGCCGCGGACAGGCGUGCUAGGCGCGCUGCAGAGAGUCGUGCGACCGGUUCUGUGACUAACGAGGAUCCUCGCCCAAGGCACGGGUGGCGGAUUAGGCGUGGGGCGCGGCGCGUGGCGGCGGCGCGGGCGCGGCGGGCGGCAUGAUGACGCGGCGUCCGCCACCAUGACGCUGCCGCCGCCCGCGCGCCCCGCCCACCCAUCCGCGCAUCGCGCCAUGCGCUAUUACCGCAUCUGGAUAUAUGCGUGCAACGGCGCGCUGCUUCUGGGUUCGUUGGCCUUCUGUGCGGCCGCUGGGCGCGCUCUCGCAGACUACCGCCGCGCUCUGGUCCCUGGCCUUAACGCCGCACAACCAGGGUUCCUGUAUGGCUACGCGGCGUUACCUGUGCAAACAGGUCUACUGCAGAUGCUCGGAUGUGUCGCGGCGCUUCGUCUCUCUGAGCGAUUGCUUAACGCAUAUUGGUUUGCUCUUCUGGCGCUGCUUGUCGGUGACGCCGCCAUCGGUGUUUACUGGGCUUUCCGAUUUGAGCGAGUCUGUCGAGAAUUGCGUCCCCAACUAAAGUUACGUCUGCUUAGAGAUUACGAAACAGAUGCGGAAUUUACGGAAGCCUGGGAUCGCCUUCAAAGAGAACAGCGCUGCUGCGGGGUGACUGGACCGGCCGACUUCGCGCACCUGAACCGCACAUCACUGCCCGCAAGCUGUUGCCGCAUGCCGGCGCACACGCCAGCCACGACGCCUGCACUGUUUGUCGCCACGUCCAGCACGUCGCUCGCCACUUUCACGCCCGCCCAUUGCGUCCCACACACUGCGGCGUGCGCGGACCGAUUACAGAAUUGGACUCGACGAACUGCGGACGCGUUGUUUGUGCUAGGUUACUGUGUGAUCGCGUUUUUGAAGUUAUGUUUUCUUGGAAUUUUACGAUACGAGAUAAAAGAGAUGAUCCAAAAAAUUAGACUUAUUCGAAGCGAGCUCGGAGCCGGUGAACUUCUAGAUGGCAGCCCGAUCCAUGGCGGGCCAUUGUCACAGACGGUGAUAGUAAACGCCGUGAAUGCGAACGGCGGCGUGCGGGCGCAUGGUGGUAGUCCCGAGCGAGCAGGUGAACGCGACGCGCUGCUCGGACGCCUGUCGGACACGUGCUCGCGGCGCGGCACGCACGACGAUCCUUUGGCGUCGAAAACUAUUAACGGGAACAACAAUUGUGAGAUGCGCGAGUUGGCACAAGGAGAGUACAGACCGUUGGCGGCAGACAGUGCGGCAACUCGGAUCUGACUAAGAUGUUACCUGGAGCGGCUGUUCGGGCGGCGCUGGCGCUCGUUUCCGGCGAGCGGGUGCGAGGCGGAGCUGCUGGCGGCGCACGCGGCGGAGGGCUCGCGCGCGCGCCGCGCUGGAGCCCGCGUUCGUCUUGACAUGCGCCGCCACACCCGCUCCGAGUUCGAGCUGUGACUGCUCUAAUGCGCUUGCCGACCCGCCCGAAUCCACUUCUAAUCGCUCUCUUUUCCUUUUUAUGUCGAGUGCCGAAAUUUUCAGUAACUUUUGCAAGUUUAUAGUGGUACCUAGAUAAAAUCCAGACUAAAUGAUGACACUCCGCCAGUGAAGUGUUUUCGGAAGAAGGGCGUUGUGAACAAACGAAAGGACAAGUGUGGAAUGACAGUAGUAUAUCGUAUAAUUAUAUAUAUAUUGGUGAGUUUGAACCUACGAGCAAAGCUUGUGUUUAGUUCCUAUAUUUAUGCUUGACAGUUUGUAUUUGUGUUUCAAGAUUCAUAAUGAAAAACAUAAAUUAUGAGUCACUUUAUAAUGCGUCAUUAAUACCCAUUCAAUAAUAAUGGUGAAACUAUAUCGUUAGUAUCAUAGAACCGCUGACAAAAUAAGGGCGAUCAGAAGAGCGCAGAUCAAGCGUCAACAGCAACGCAUAACCUAUUUCUCUCGGCCGAAGAAAUAUUGUGUAACUUAUGUACUGAAGAAAAUAUUGUGUUUAGCAAUAGGUUAACUUUUGGGUACUUAUUUGUAUCUAUUAUGUAGAAUUUUGUCACAUUACUUUCUUGUAGUUAAGUGAAUAUCACAUUAUUUUAAUAAAUAAUAUAAUAAAGGCGUAAGACAUUUGCAUGGAUUAGAUUCGAUACUUUGAUAUCUCAGCUUUACCACCUUAAUAACUUAUUGAUUCCACAAGGAGAUUUUCAACGAACAAAAUAACCAAAUACGAAACAAUUAGCAAAUUUUCUACUACAUAGACAAUAAUGUUUCUAUAGCCCUUAGUGAAAUGUUACAAAUGAAUAUGAUGAUGCACGAAUAUCCGUACAGCGUCCGCGGCCGCGUAGAGUGUAGACAGUACGCAGCGGCCGGACCGCACCGCUUACCGUAGAACACGACCUCGCAGUGGUCGGCGCUCGGCGCAUCCAGCAAGCCAUACACCGCCCUCUCACCUCAAUCUACACAUACAUCAGCAAACUCAACACAAACCUGACACCCUUCUUGUUUUUUUCAUCAAUACCCAAUUUUAUUUAAAGAUAAUUGAAAGCCCAUUGUCGGGUAACCAUUUUAUGUUUAAAAGAUCUAUCACAAAAGACUUAUAAAAUAUAGGUAAUACAACCUCAUUAUUAAAACUUGUAAAAAAAUGCGCGGCUAAAUGUGUCCGGGCGCUCUCCAUGCGUACUUAAACGUAAUAGCCAUGUGCGUUUGUAUGACGAGCCUAGAUGUAAUGACGAGAGCUUACUUAUUACCAGCAGGAACGGGAGAGCGGGCAUGCGCUCGCGCCGCACGCGCACGUCCCAGACUCUAUUUAUGUAAAUAAAUUAUCAUAAUUUGUACAUGCGUAGUAUGCGAGUAAAUGUGCAUGGACAGAUUAAAAAAUAGUACUGAUAUGAGCUUAAAAGACGUAGUGCCUACGAUUAUGCUUUUAAAGUGUUGAAAGAACAAACUUUUUUUUGGCAGAGAAAGUUACGUACGAUGUCGGUACAUCAUAACAGAAACCUACAAACUUACAUAUUUUUGAAGGGCUAAAUCUUGACGUGAGUUCGAGUAGGUAUGUUAAAUAAGGCUGUGUCAGAAUUAAAUGUCUGUUUACAAUGUGGUUAAAAAAUCUGGACCUUAUAUGAAACGUGUUGCAAAUAUUAAGGAGCGUACUUAAAUACAAAAAGAGAAGCUAGGUGUAGGUACGUAAGCCGGCAGACGCGUCUGCGUCUCGGCGGCGGGCCUUAGCGCACCGGACCGGUACUUUGCGUCGAAACGAAGUGUAGGUAUGUAAGCCGGCGGACGCGUCUGCGACUCGGCGACGGGCCUUACGCAGCGUACUACGUAGGCGAACAACACGCGAACGCGAAGCGAAGCGAUGCGGCGCGGGGUGAAUUAAUGCUUGGAUACCUAUAGAAGGGUCCUACGUAGGCGAUCUCGUUGCGAACGCGAACGCCGUGGGCCCGCCGCACCGCGCCGCGCCGCUUCUCUUCGCGUUUGCGAGUUGUUCGCUUACGUAAGACACAGCGUUAGCGCACCGGACUGGACCGGUACUUCGCGUCGAAAAACGCAAUUGUUUGCGUCUAACUACCUAUUAUGAAAUAACUUUAUAGAUAUACAUUAUAAUGAUUACGAAAUUAUGUAUUAUGUUUGCUUAGAGUAUAGUAUUUUGAGAAUUUGAGCAGAAAAAAAAUAGUUUUUUAAUAUUGGUGUCAUUUAUAUGAAUGUACCAACCAAUCUUAUUAUAAAUGGUAUAUUCGGAAAGUUGAAUAAUUUGUAGCUAGGAUCCAAUCUAAAUCCUACAUCUCUUCCAAAAACGGUAUAAUGACAUGUGCCUUGGCUUAUAGAAUCGUAUAAUUGAUGUUAUUUUCAUCGAAAAAAAUCUGUUAUAAGUGCGACGUACGACUCGUCUCUGACGUGCUACCUACCUGCACUACGUGGCGAGGGCCAGCCGCGAGCACCCAGCUAUCAAUUUUUUCAGACAUUUGCUCUACUGCUUUCUUGUUUUUGCUAAUCUACCUAACCCAUAAUCAUCAUCACACCAAUUUUGUAGUUAGCUUUUGCUAUGAAAACCCUGUUUACUUAGUUAAUUAAUAAGUUUUGAUUAUCCCUACUGGAUUUUGAACACCUAUUGACCUGAUUACCAAUGGAACAAAUACGUUUACAGUGCAGAAUGUUGUUGUAGCUAUUUAUUGUGACGAUAGAGUGUGAAACGUUUUCAGGCAAUGAUGCUUGUUCUGUUUUGAGUUGUACAGUAGGGUUGUACCAACUUUCCGAAGGUACGCGCUAGGCGACUGAGAGCUAAUACUACCAUAAUAAAGCAUUAAUAAACAGUUUGUUAAA